AUGAUUCUUCCGCAAUUUGCUCGCGAAACCCAACGAUCGAGACGGGUGCUACGAUGGAGCAUUCUGUUGUUCGUGAGCUUCGCGGCAGUGGCCUCCAUAUUUGCCCUGCGAAAGAAUGAUCAGGAACGCUGGGCGGGCUUGACUACGGAUCAACAUUACCAACAGCCACAAAAACACCAGCACAUCAUUCCCAGCAGGAGAAAUUCUCAAGUCAUUGACCCAGCCGAUGGCAAGACAUGGCCCUACAGAGUAUUCAAGUCGGACAGCGCCCGACCACCACGAGUCGAAAUAUCCGGAACAGGUCCUGAGCUGUCAGAUGACUUCCUCUUCGUGACGGGACAGUUCAUUCUGGAGAAUGGAGAGCUGGACCGGGCGCCAUACAUGUUUUCCGCCGACGGAGAGCUCGUGUUUGCCGCCACACGAGUCGAUGGCACUUCAACCGGCAACUUCCUGGUACAAGAAUAUCUUGGACGACCUCAUCUGACUACCUGGCGAGGGAUGCUGACGAAGGGUGCUCAAGUCGGGCAUGGAUAUGGUGCCCUAGUGCUCCUCGAUGAGAACUACGAGGAAACAGUUGUUGAUGUCCGCGAUGAGUCCAUCAAUACCAAUCAGGACGAAGCGGUCAGUCCCGGGAUCGUCGACAUCCAUGAGCAGCGGCUGACAUGGCGGGACUCAGUCCUGGUCAGUGUAUACAACGCCACGACGACCAACGCAACUCACAUUGGCGGUCAAGAGCAUCAGUCUAUCCUCGACGGCCUGGUCUACGAAAUCGACAUCGCCACCCAGGAAGUACUCUGGUCUUGGAGUGCUCUGGAACAUAUCUCCUUGGAGGACUCCGCUUGCCCGAUUGGUCUCUCCGUACACGGCGAGGACGCCAGUACCGUGCCUUGGGAUGCAUUUCAUCUGAACAGCAUUGAUCCAGUGGGUGCUGACCACUUCCUCGUCAGCAUUCGCUCGACGUGGUCGAUAUACCUCGUCAAUCGUCAUACAAAACGCAUCGUGUGGACUCUGCAUGGUCAACGUGGUGGUGACUUCGGUGCUCUUCCUGCGAAUGGGACAUUCCGAUGGCAACACGACGCUAGACUGAUGAAGUACGAUGAGGAUCGCAUGGUCAUUAGUUUGUUCGACAAUCACCGCAACGACACUCCACCAGCGGCAACGCUCUCUCGUGGACUGGUGCUCGAACUGGCACUUCCACCUGACUCAUCUGUUCCGCCUAAAGUGCUUCGUUCGACGCAUGUUGCGAGCGACAGUGCAGCUUGGCAAGGCAACUAUCAAGCACAGCUAUCCAAUGGCAACGAAUUGUUGUCGUACGGCGACAAAGCGUAUGUCGUGGAGUUCGGGCCGGGAUCCAACGGCGAACAUGAUGAAACCUGGCGCGCACGCUACGGGUUCGACGGAGUGGUGCCAUCGUACCGGGGAUUCAAGCUUCCAUGGAAAGGCAUGCCGCGACGGUGGGAUCCGAGUCUUGUUGUGGAAGCGGACAAGUACGAAGACGACAAGGCCAAGGUCACGGCGUAUGUCAGCUGGAACGGAGCGACGGACGUCGCGCAUUGGCAGCUUUACACAUCCGACCAAAGCGGAUCGCGGAAGGAGAAAGCCGGUAUCGUGAUGAAGUACGGCUUCGAGACGAUGUUCGAACUUGACGUGGAGCGGAGAGCUUGUCUGCAGAUUGCGGCAGUGUCAAGCAACGGCACCGAGAGGCUGUCGAAUCUGGUCUGCGUAUAA